GCGGCUGCGGCUGCGGCUGGGGCUGGGGCUGCGGCUGCGGCUGCGUCAGCGUUGCCUAGACAGACAGAGAGAGGCGAGGCAGACGGAGCCCCGGAGCCGGUGCAGCCACCCGGCGGUACCAGCUCCCCGGCGGGCUCUUUUUCCUCGCUGCCAUGCUCCAACUGCCCCUGCUGCCCCUCCUGCACUGCCUGGGCUGCAGCGCCUGGCUGCUGCUGCUGGCGGGGCCCAUAGCCUCGUCGGCCAGCCCAGCCGACGACAGCGCCAGGAGAGGGGACCCCUCAUCCUCCGGGAGCGACGAGGUGCAGCGCCAGCCGCACGACUCGUCCUACGGCACCUUCGCCAGCGAGUUCUAUGACCUUCGCUACCUGUCCGAGGAGGGUUAUCCUUUCCCUACUGCUCCUCCCGUGGACCCAUUUGCCAAAAUCAAAGUGGAUGACUGUGGAAAGACUAAGGGGUGCUUUAGGUAUGGGAAACCAGGAUGUACCGCAGAAACCUGUGAUUAUUUCCUUAGUUACCGUAUGAUAGGAGCUGAUGUAGAAUUUGAGCUCAGUGCCGACACUGAUGGCUGGGUGGCAGUUGGAUUUUCCUCAGACAAGAAAAUGGGUGGUGAUGAUGUCAUGGCCUGUGUUCAUGAUGAUAAUGGCAGAGUCCGCAUCCAACACUUUUACAACGUUGGCCAGUGGGCCAAAGAGAUCCAGAGAAACCCUGCCAGGGAUGAAGAAGGCAUCUUUGAAAAUAAUCGCGUGACCUGCAGAUUUAAACGUCCCGUGAAUGUUCCCAGAGAUGAAACAAUUGUGGAUCUUCAUUUGAGCUGGUAUUACUUAUUUGCUUGGGGACCAGCAAUUCAAGGAUCUAUAACUCGGCAUGACAUAGAUUCACCACCUACAUCAGAGCGCGUUGUCAGUAUUUACAAGUAUGAAGACAUUUUCAUGCCAUCAGCUGCCUAUCAAACCUUCUCCUCUCCAUUCUGCUUGCUUCUUAUUGUCGCGCUGACCUUUUACUUGUUGAUGGGAACCCCGUAACCACAGCAGCAAAGCCGAAAGAACAUCUUGUGGAUUAAUUGGAACUUCUUCAUUGUGGUGUGUUUUCUAGUAGAGUUCAAUAUAAUUGUUUCCUUUAAAAAAAAUUUCAUUUUUAGCAACUAAAUUUGUCAGAAAAAAAGUUAUCUAGCUUAUCUUCCGGGUAGAAGAGGUUUGUGGUAAUAAUAAUACCUUACAUUUCUAUAGCCUUUCUUUCUCAUCAAAGAACUUUCACAUACAUUAUCUCAUCUGUUCCUCACUACAGCCCUGGGAGAUAUAUAGAGCAAGGACUUUAUCACCAUUUUACAAAUGAGGAAACUGAGACCCAGAGAAAUUGAGUAAGUUGCCCAUAGACACAUAGCUAGUUCAUGAAAGAACCAAGAUUUGGAGCAAGGUCUUUGAACUAUUCUUUCUUAUUGGUUUCACAAAAGUUAUUAAAAUCAGAGAACAUACAAUAAAUUGCUGUGAAAUCACAAAACUAUUAGACCAAGCUUGACAAAAAGACAAAUACAAAUACAAAAACACUUCCAAAAGUCAGUGGAGAACAAGCGCUUUAAGAAUAAUGAUAUUGAUGAUGAAAGGAAGAACAGGGAUAUUGCAGUGUGUUUUAUGGGUCCAAAGCGGCUUCUGAAAAUAGGCUGCUCUCUUAAAAUGAGUCUUCGAAAGGGAAAAAAGUAUAUAAGUUCAAAUGGAAAUUUUUUUACAAGAUUACCAUAUUGAAAUUACUCUGAAAGUUUUUUACAUUUCUUUUAAUUCAAAUACAAGUGGUUUUUUUUUUUAUCACUUUAACUGUCAUUCUCUUACUAAAAGACUGCCAUAUUGGGGGAGGAAAGUGUGACUAAUAUUAAAAUCAAAAUAGAUUAUUAUUUCAUUUCCAGCCCCCCUUCUUAAUGGCAAAAAGCAAAAUAUUUUGUGUUCAGCCCUUAAUGAGGCAAUAGAAAAAUGAAGUUAUAUUUUGCAUUAAAAAUAGUAAUUUUAUAAGUUUGGAAUUUGGCGGGUCACAUAAUUACUUUAAGAAACUAGGAUAUUCAUGUAUAAUUAUCUUUAAAUUGACAAAAAGUAGUGAUUUUUAGGUCUAAAUGACUUUAUCGUCAAAGUCAGAACUCAUUUCAAGGGUGCCUAACCGAUUGAAGUAACUUAAAUAUGCAUUGUGAGAAGCAAACCAUCUUAAUAGUGUUUCAAAAACCAUUCAAGGAUAAUUCACAAUUAUAUCUUGGAAAUAGUGUUACAUGAGAAAAACUUUACUUUAGAUGAAGAAUCUUCUAUUUCAUCAGGAAGUAGAAAAAUUGACGGUGAAAGGAAUAUACCAAAAAUUAUUUCCAUUGAUUGCUUUGAAAAUAUAUACUUGUGUACUAGACAGCCAAUAUAAUAAUAAUAAUCAUGCCUUGACUUUAUUUUGUAUGUGAAUGAGAAGUAUCUGUGAUUUUGUCAGCCUGGAAUUUCCCUUCCAGGAAUUUCACUUGACAAUAUGUAUCAUAGACCACAACCAUCUAUGACUUGAGAUAAAUCCUACAGAGUUGCCCAAGGCACAUGGAGUUUAAAGUACUUGCCCAGGGUCAUACAGCUGCCAGGUGUCAGAGAAGGGUUUGAUACCAGGUCUUCCUGACUCCCAACCUGUCAUUUCUACCACACUGUUUUCAUAUAUGAAUACAGACAUAUAUAUAUUAAUAUCCCUAAGUACUUCCUGUAAUCUGGCCUGAUUCAAAUGCUUUGUAUUGGUAAUUUUCACGUGGUACUCAUACUUCAUAUUAAUGAAGAUGCAGUUUACUUUCUUAACCAAGGCAAUUUAGCAGCAAUCUUGGAAUUUAUGACAUUGGCUAGAUCUUGCUAUGAUGAUGUCUUUACAAUUCUUCCUAUAACUAAAUUCCUUUAAACUGAGUCCAAGAAGAACACUAAUUAUUCCUCAAAUUCUAGGUUAUAGGUUAUAAUAUGAGACAACAAUAUAUUUGGCCCCCUAUGACCUCUACAAAAAAGCAAAAUGUUUUAGGAAGAUUUUUCUGUUUUCUUUUACGUGUAGACUAAUACUUAUAAUGUUGAAUUGUAUAAAUGUGACUCCUUACCUGUCUGCAGUAGGGAAGAAUAAUUAGCAAAUUCUUGAACUUUCAUCCCAUUCACAUUUCAAAGCAAUAAGCUAAUUGUUUCACUGACAACUCCUGCUUUGCUUUACAGGUCACUUGUGUGUAGAGUUAGGAUGUCACAAGUAUGUUUUCGUUUCAUACCUGUAAGCCCAUCUCAGCCAAAGUUUCAUAUGCUAACAUCUGUAAUCAACCUAUAAAGCCAUUAUUUAAAGAAGCCGAUAGUUAGCUCUUGAUCUGAAAGCAUCAACAACGAAAUCAUUUAUGAGUUUACUAGAUGAUCUUUCCUACUUUGGAUUUUAGCUGGUAUUUGAAUGUCAUGAUUAUUCAAUGACGUGAGUUCACAACUUUGAGAACAACCUCCUAAAUUUGAAGAUUCAAUGAAGUUAACUUUAUAAUUUCAGCCCCAUUAAAUAAUCAGUGCUUACUAAAUUAAAGGAACUAACUCCUGACAAAGGUAAAAAUGCACACAGUAUGUCUACACACAUUUAAUAAGACCUUACUGGCCCCACUAACUAGAGUCCCCAAUUAGUAGGGGUUUUUCCCCCAUCUAGCAACUCAGUUUAGGGAGAAAGUUUAAAAUGAAAGAAAAUGAACUCAUAUUGGUAACUUCAAACUGAUUUCCAGAUUGUUUCCCAAGGUUAACUUUGAUUCACACCAUUAUCCUACAACAUUUAAAACUAUUAAACCUGUUAAAACUAAGCACUAUUCCCUUGAGGUCCAUCCAAAUUUUUGAUCAUUAAAGAAAGACUAAAUCACAUUCAGUGUAUUCUGCUUACAUAAGGCAAGAAAGGAGACUAAUACAUCUUGAAAAGAUUUUCAUCAAGUUGAAACAAAUGAGUUGACCAUAAAAUUCAAUUAACCAGAACAUCUGUUCUCAAAGCCUUCUAGUUAAAUGAGGGUUUCUUUGUUUUUGUUCAGACUUAUGACUUCACUGGCAGAGGGAGUUACCAGUGAGGAAACUCCCUCUACCAAUCCAAAUGGGCAAUUGUUCUGCAACCUAGAAUCUUAAUGAGGGGCACAGAGAAGGUAUUUGCCCAGGGACAAACAGCCAGUAUGUAUGAAUCAGGUACAGGACUUUGACCAAGGUAUUCCUGACUCUGAGACCAGAUCUAGGACAUCUACAUCAUCCUGACUCUCUUAAUUUAUUGAGUUUCACGUCAGUAUAUCUAAGAUAAAGACCAAACUUGGAUUAAUAGCUGUAAAUAGAGAAUGAUAACUAUCAAUUUAUUCAUUAGCAUCCAAUUUAUUUUGAAGGACAAUUAUUUGUUUGCUUGAGCAAAAUCCUGUGCUUUCAUGUCAAUUUGUUUAGCCACUGCCAGGGAGAAUGUAUGAUUUCACCUGCAAAGUCAUCACUCACUCCCUUUUGGGCUAAACAGCUAUACCAAAAAAAAGUCCAAUCACCCAUAAAAUUCUAUCAAGAGAAAAAUAACCAUCUUCUUUAACAAGCAAACCUUCUGACUCACAGCAAAUAUGAGUCUCUUUGUCUAGGGUUCCAUUUUAACUCAUGCACACAAUGCAAGAUUAUAAAACUCACACUUUCUCUCUCUUUGACUCCUCAUCCUACCUUCCAGCUUGUGCUAAGGGGAAACAGUCUAUCCUUUCUUAGGGACUGGGAUUUUCCCUCUUAUUUUCUCUCUGUGCAUAUAAUUACCAAUGCAAAUAGUUCACGUUUGUGGCCAUCAUGUUAAUGACAUAAAAACUAAAUGAAUAAUCAGAAGACGGUUCAUCUGAAAUCUUACCACCUGGAGCUGCAAUGGAUAGGAAACGAAGUUGACAUUUCUCCCCUUCAUUCUGUUUCUCUCUUUCCCCUCAUUAUCAGGGGGCAAGGGAAGAAAUAAAGCCACAGGAAUUUUUUUAGACUGGCAAACAUAAGACAGCAUGUAUAGCCAGUAGCAGAGAAAAGGAAGACAAAAGUAUCAGGGACCGGUUGUAUUCAUCUCACCAGCCCCUCUAUAAUCUGCUGAGCCUAUAUUCUACUUCACACCAUCCUUCACUCAGUCAUCACUCUGCCCUACACCUGAACAAUCCGGAAUAGAGUACUAGAAAAGGGUUCUAGAGGAAAUGAUCCCAUCGGCUCUGGGUGGCAUUUCUCUCUAGCCAUCAUGCUGUCUUUUCUUUCCCUGAAGUUCAGCCAAGGGCAAAAGAAAGACCACAAAAACUUCAGGAACUCUGGGUAGUUUGCGUGGCUUGCUGGCAAAAGAGAAAAUCUGUGGGCAUAGCAAAUCUAGACUGCAUUCUUCCCCAGGGCCAGAAAUUUUGUAGCCUUUUUUAAAAUGACUUGAAGUUGUACAUUUGACCUCUACACAUAUAUGUCACAAGCAUCAAGGUAAAUAGCAGCAUUUAAAGUAACAUGGAUAAUUAUCCCAGGAUCCUGGGUAAUCAUCCAAUGGUAACUAUUACCUUAAGUUCACAACAGCAUUGCAUUCAGUAGGCAUAGGACAGUGCAAAGCCAUUUCAAUAACUCGCUCUCUAAAUUAUAUUCAGGACAUAUUACACAGACAUAUUCUGGUAGAUUAUGCAUAUUCAUAGUAUACAAUCGAAAUAUGCAUAAGUAGAAAAAAGCUAGAAAUAACAAUGUAGAUAGGCCUGUAUAAUAUUAACAAUGCAUGAACAUUAGCAUAUAUGCAAAUAGGCAGCAAAACGAUACCUCGUUAACAGAUUUGCUAUGCUAUAUGUAUAACGCUAGUACAUAAACAAAUAGAAAAAUGAUAAAACAGAAGCAUAAUGCAGAACAUACAGUAAUUAACAUGCACAUAAUUAAACAUAAGCAACUAAAAGCAAGGCACUCAUUAUAUGAACAAACAGCACUAUUAUUGUCUGGCUAAAUGUAAAACCACUUCUCCAGUUUCACAGAUAACAUCAAAGGUCAGUUCGCUCACAGGUCAGAUAGACCUAGUUGUGUUGUCUCCUGCUGUUCUUUCUGGCCCUAUACCUGAGCCGGUUAAUGGUCAUUUCAUCAUUGCCAUCUAUAGGUCUGUAUUCCUAUUCCUGAACGUUCUGAGGGUCUAACUCUGGCUAUUAGCAUUUCUACGUUCUAUGAAUUGUCUCUGGACCCUAGAAGUCUCUACAGAUGAAGUUCCAAGGAGGAAAGGUGCUGUCUCUGGGUCGAAUCUUUUCCCCACAUCCUCAGUAAGGCAAAAUUGUUGACCGCUGAACACCACUGAAAAUGUCAUUUCAUUCUGAUCCAGUUCAGACCAUUUUUGUACAAUUGGCAAACAGUUUUUCUUUCUAAGAGUCCAUUGAGGUAAGUAUCUAUUAUUUCUGUCCUCCUGGAGUAAAUCCAACUAAAUUUGCUAUGGAUAAUAGCUGGUUGCAAUUAAUUGUUCCUACCAGGUCCCAGCCACUCCCUGUGUCUAUUCUAUAAAUAGUCAAAUUGUCAACUUGUGUCCCUUGAAUACCAAGGUUUCUCAGGAAGACUCUUACUUGGCCACCAUACUUUCAUUUGUUUCUUUCAGCUCUUCCAAGCUGAAGUCAUGCUUAGUUUAUAGGCUUCCUUCUUCCUCUCAGCUGAUAACUGCGCUUAUUAUGAAUGUUUUAGUUUCCUCCCUCUUCUGAGACUCCAGGGCACAAAUCAACAAAUAGAUAUGACUCCUGCCCAAACAUCAGCAAGUAUACUUUAAAGAGGGUAGCCUCCUGGAGGAGUUGUAUGCAUGUACUACAAACACCGUACGUUGACCCCACUCCGUUUUUUGUUCUGGUUUCAGUGCUCUAACAGGUUCAACAGUGUACGAUUGAAAACACUUGGGCUAUGAGUCUCUUUGGGAGAUGGUAAGGUAUAUUUUGAUUUCUUGAUAUUUGUGAAUGCUACUAUUUCUUUGAGUAGCUUGCUCUCGAAGUCUCUACCUUGGUCAGGAUGGAUCAUAGCAAGGAAUUUAUACACUGAGAAGUAAUUCUCCUACAACAAUUUAGCAACCAUGGAAGCUUCUGAUUCCUGAUUGGAAUUGUAUAUCACCUGUGCAUACCCGGUGAAAUGAUCAGUCACCAUUAAAAUAUAACUUCUGUUCUUGCUCUCUUCUUCCAGAGAUACAGUCGGUUAGGACAAGUUCCAAAGGUUUGAUGCGCUUGUGUUCUUCAAAUAUGAGGUACAAUUCUUUGUUACAUAAUGAACUCAUCUCACACUUCUUGGUAGUAUCUGCUACCGUCUCAAACCAGUAAAAUCUGUUUCUUACUCUAGACUUCUUUCUUGAUCUGUACGUCCAAAGUCAUCAUGGUCAUAGACAUAGAGUGAUAAGCGCCGGAUGGCACUGUUUGCUUUUUGGUACCAGGCGCAGGAUUAGUAAUAGUCUUAUACAGAAUUCCAUUACACAGGUUCAACUUCUCCUAUUGUUCCAACAGUAAGGACUAGGAACUUCUAGGAACUUAAAGUCCUUCAACCUCACUUCCAUGCUUCUUGGCCUAUAAUGCUUCUUAUUGCCCGUCAGCCGUCUGCUUUCACCGGCAGUCUUCUAAAGACAAUUGAGACAAAGAAAGUUCGAUGAAACAAGGUUCAUGGGAAAAGUCCCAAAGUCUUAGCUACGCGUCAACUUGACAAUGGCCCGGCUGUCUGGGAAUCACGUAUAGCCCUACACUCUCUCCUUGAGUAUCGCUGUAGCUUUGAUGUCAUGCGACCCUUGGGAAAGAGCAUCUACGUCAACAUGAGUCUUCCUUAGCUGUUGGUAAAUGCUGAAUUCUUAGUUGGCUAGUGCUGGUACCCAUCUACAACAAGAAGCAUUUACUUAGUACUUGUGAAAAUAUAUCAAUGUAUUAUUGUUAGUUCACGGUUGGAAUUGAGUUCAAACACAGUCUUUGAACUUUUCAAAGUCAAGAAUAACAAUUUAUCUGUGGCAUAGUGAGUCUUCAGCUUGUAAAUGUAGUUGGUUCCUGGUGACCAGCACCUUCUUGGUAAAAAUCACCACAUCCAAAUACUUCAGGCUGGCAUCUGUGUGUAGGACAAAAGGUUUACUUGGACCUUCCUAGGCAACACUUAGAUAGUCAUGAGGCAGUGGAUUCAAGUCUUUGAUAGGUUUUCACAUAUGCCCUUUUAUAGAUCUCCAAAUAGCUUCACAGGUUUUAAACUAAUUUGACCUUUCUUGCCCUUCUGCUUUUGGUUUCCUUUGAUCAUGUAUGCAUGAGUGAGAACAUUCAGUAGCUUAGCAAUAGCAAUAUAGUUCUUCACAAAUCUGCAAUAAUAAACACUAAAUCCUAGAAAUGUCCUCAGAUCUCAAAGGUUCUGUGGUGUGCCCAGUUCAAGAGUGCUUCUUUCUUCUCUGGAUUGGUGCUCAUGCCUUAUGGAGAUACUCUUUGACUUGUAUACUUGAGAGAAGCUGUGCAAAACUAGCAUUAGUCAUCUGACAGCUUCCUUUUGCCAUUCCCAUACUUGCAUCCUUCUUUCUCCACAUUCUUCCCAAAAUCAAUAAAGUCAUCUAUGUACACCAAGACUUUCAGGUAAUCUAUAUCUGUGACUGUUUUCUCCCUCAGCUAUUGGAAAGCGGCAGGUGCCGCUGAGAUGUCUUGGGAUCUCAAACUGGUAAAAUCCAGCUAUAAUUAUUGAAAGUAAAACAAAACAAAAAAUACAAUAAUAAUGUUUUAAAAAACUGAAAAUUUUCAAAUAUAUGGAAAAAUUAACAUCUGAAAAAUAAAAAGGAAAAAAGCAAAAGUCUUCCAAAAUUACAUCAAGAAAUGCUCAACUAAAAUUAUGUUCAAACUGAAAAAAAAAACCCCAAAAUCACAGAGUAAGAGUCCAUCUGCAAAUUGCUUCUUUGCUAAGUGGCCACCGCCAUCUUUUGCAGCUACCAUCUUCUGCUGCUUCUCUGCUUAGAUGGGCUAAAAUUCUGCUGAAAUUGAAAAACCAAAAUUGCAGUGAGAGACUCCCAGUGUGACUUGAGCGAUACUACACACUCCUACUUAAAGAAAAAACAAAGAAGGGGGAAAAACCAUUUUAAUCCCAGAUGUAGCUUUCAUAUUUAACUACCAAGGACAACAGGAGAGUGAAAAUCAAGUCACAGAAUUAUUCUUUGCCAUCCAUAUAUGAAGGGACCUAUUCUCCCACAAACUCUGAUGCCGGUGGGAGAAGGAACAUUCCCUGGAUAACUCAUUCUAUAAGAGCUGUGUUGUGCAUAAAACGCCUCUCAUCCUCUAGCAAUUGACUGUGACUCAUCAUUCUUCCACUCCAGCUCUGCAGCUGCCUUUCCUUUUUACUUACAAAGCUGCCGUUUUGCUGCUUCUUUGCCAAUCUGUAGCCACAUGUUGGAACUACUACUCAUCUGCUCCUGUAGCUGCUGACUCCCUGCUGAGUUGCUGCUACCACCUGCUGACGCUAUCGUCUCUUACUGCUUCUGUGCUGAGCUGCUGUCGCCAUCUGCUAUUGCUUCUUUGCUAAGCUGCUGUUACCAUCUUUUUGCAGCUGUCAUCUGCUGCUGGUUCUCUGCUUAGCUUCUGUCGCCCUCUACUAUUACUUCUCUGCUUAGCUGAUGCCGCUAUCUGCUGCCGCUUCUCUGCUUAGCUACCACCUUCAUCUGCUAUUGCUUCUCUGCUAAGCUGCUGUUGCCAUCUUCUGCAGCUGUCAUCUGCUACUGCUUCUCUGCUUAGCUGCUGCCACCAUCUGCUGCUGCUUCUCUGCUUCUGCCAUCUGCUUCUGCUUCUCUGCUUAGCUUCUGCUGCCAUCUGCUGCUGCUUCUCUGCUUAGCUGCUUCUGCCAUCUGCUGCUGCUUCUCUGCUUAGCUGCUUCUGCCAUCUGCUGCUGCUUCUCUGCUUAGCUGCUUCUGCCAUCUGCUGCUGCUUCUCUGCUUAGCUGCUGCCGCCAUCUAGUAUUGCUUCUCUGCUUAGCUUCUGCUGCCAUCUGCUGCUGCUUCUCUGCUUAGCUGCUUCUGCCAUCUGCUGCUGCUUCUCUGCUUAGCUGCUUCUGCCAUCUACUGUUGCUUCGCUGCUUAGCUUCUGCCAUCAUCUGCUGCUGCUUCUCUGCUUAGCUGCUGCCGCCUUCUACUGUUGCUUCGCUGCUUAGCUUCUGCCAUCAUCUGCUGCUGCUUCUCUGCUUAGCUGCUGCCGCCUUCUACUGUUGCUUUUCUGCUUAGCUGCUAUCCGCCAUCUGCUGGUGUUUAUCUGCUUAGCUGCCACUCUCAUCUGCUAUUACGUCUUCAUUAAGCUACUAUUGCCAUCCACUUUUACAUCUCCACUAAAGAUGCUGCUGCCAUCUUCUGGAGCUGUCACCUACUGCUAUUUCUCUCCUUAGUUGCUGCUGCCAUCUAUUAUUGCUUCUCUGCUUAGUUGCUGCCACCAUCUGCUGCCACUUCUCUGGCAAACUGCUGCUGCCAUCUUCUUAAAUUAUCAACUCCUUCUACUUAGCUGCUGCUACCAUCUAUUGCUCAUUCUCUGCCAAAGUGCUAUAGCCAUGUGCUGUGGUAUCAUCCACUGCUGCUCCUCUACUAAGGGGCUACUGCCAUCUACUGGAGCUGUUAUCUGCUCCGCCAAGCUGCUACUACCACCUGCUGAAGUGAUCAUCUGCUGCUGCUACUCUUCUGAGCUGCUCCUGACAGCUGCUUCUCUCCUGCUGUCAACUCCUAGAGCUACGAUCUGCAGCUGCUACGCUACCGGCUUGCUGCUAUCAUUUUCUAUCAGCCUCUGUGGCUUUUUCUUCCCUUGGAAAGAGUAUUAACAACUUUUUGUGAAACUGCUCCAGGCCAACAUGUCUGGGAGCUAAUCAACACAUUUUCAUCACUUUUAAUAGUCACCACAUACCACAUUUGGCUGAUACUCAGACAGCUGUCAAUACCAUCUUCUUAAUUUUUCCCCUCUACCCAAACCCUCCUCAGGGAGAGGCCUUCAGCCCUCACUACUAGUGGGGUUAUCGUAAAUGAAUUCCUUUCACCUCCCAUCAUGCCUCUGACAUUGAGCAGCUGGCCCAUUCAGAUCACUCCAAGUAUCCACACUGGAGGGUUGGGGUGGAAAUACAAACUUUUGUUUUCCAUUCCUUCCAGUACAAGUGUCACUGACUCCUUAUACUUAGCUGCUUUACCAACUUCCUUUUGCUUCCCGCAUCCUUUUCUUCCUCUUUCUCUGAGUCACUUUUGCUUCUCUUUCAGCUCAAGGACCGCUUUUCCUCCUUUAAUUCAUGCGCUCAAGUUCCCUUGUUUUUUCUUGAGUUGUUCUUCAGCUGUAGUCUUUCCUCUUCUUUUGCUUAAGUACCUUAUUAAAAAGUAGUUUCGGUCUGCUUCUCUCUUUAGUAUCAGCUUAAUCCCUCAUUCCAGCAUCUGCCACUUGUCUACAUCAUGUCUCACCCAAUACAUGCUCCCGAGAACUCUUAAAAGUACUCUCUGGAUACUGAGACAUCCACAGUUUCUCAAGAACCACAUAGCCACAUAGCCACGGCCUUUCUCACUGCUGCCUCCUUUUCCCUCCUCACCACCAUAACGUGGAGACCCCUUCGUUCUUGUAGCUCUUAUGUCCCUAGAAGUCUCUGCAACUACUGUGUGUGUGUGUGUGUGUGUGUGUGUGUGUGUGUGUGUGUGUGCGAAUGUGAAUAAGUGUACUCUAAGGCUUUUCUCUUGGAAGGGACUUCCUUGGAACUACGCAGAUUCCUUCGGCAUAAAUUCUUUCUGUGCAUGAUUGCUACAUUUACUUUUAAUUUUUCUCUCAAUUUUUGCUAAUCAAAGGUCACUUCUUCUGUAAUUUUGCCUGCUGCCAGGAGGACUAUCUGCCAUUCCUUUACAACAUGAUGCUUUUCUUCUGUUGUGGGCAGAUAACCAAGCUUGUUAGAUUUGUUUAUUUAAUAACAGUGCAUACGCCUCUGAAUGACUGUCUAAGGAAUACAGAACGGGACUUUAAUGGUAAGAGCUUUGUAUCAGCUACUUCAGAGAAUCAAAGAGCGUUUUCUGGGGUCACAGAGGUGCUACCAAUCAUGGAGGUUGGUGGAAGGCUGGCCUCCAAUUUAGUGGUAUGUUAUUCUGCAUGGACGCCGACAAAAACCAGGAGCAGAUCAGUCAUAAGAAUAUCACAAGUUAGUGUAUGCAAAGCCCUUCGAAAACUCUAAAGCGCUAUAUAAGUGUUAGUUAUUACUGUUUCAGUGAACCUGUGAUGUCAUUGAUGGGGGUACUUCCUCUGACUCUGAGGAUCACAACUUACCCUUGCCUUCCAAUGCAUCCUCCACAGGCUGAAAUAGAGAAAGGAAGCAUAAAGAUUCACAAUGAUUAUUCUUUAAUAGUGCUUUAUUUUUAGUAAAGCCCUUUCCUCACAACAUUCCUGUGAAGUACACAGUAGAUGUCUCAUCACCCUUGUUUAACACAUGAAGAAAAUUAAACUCAGAGAAGUUAAGUUACUUGCCUGUUGUCACACUGCUAGUAAGUGGAAGAGGUAGGACUCACUUUUCUUUCUGCUACAUACAGUGUCUAGCAGCAGGGAAAAAUGUAACUAAUAUAACAGGAAAAGAAUGAGCGUUGAGUUAGUCAAAGCCCUGCUGUAAAAGAGAAGAGAUCAGUAUAGUUGUUCACUUCUGCUGUUUCCUUCCUCUACUCAUCUCCCUCCUCAAAAUGUUUCAUGGUCAUCUCUUCAUUAUCUUGGUCUUGACAGAAAUGUACUUAGCAAAAAAUAUUAGAAUAUUUAAAUAGGUGCUUAAUGAGAAGAAUUUCAAGAGUGAAUUUUAUUUGAGCAAAUUAUCUAAGUUACAAAUGUUACAAUCCCAUUCUGUGUACAAGUAAUUUUAUGCUUUUGAAUUUCAAUGGAAUCUCACUUAAUUUACUGGGGAUUUUGUUCUAUGUAAAACCCCUGAAUUAUAGGAACCCGGAAUCAUGACAUUUACUAGUAACAUUAUCCUUGGGAUCUACAGCCCUUGAUGCCACUAAAAAGAUCACUAGUUUGACCCUAUCAAUUACCAUGCUUUAUAAUUUCUUCUAAUUCUUCAUCCUUAGCACCAUACUAAAUUCUAGCUAGAUAUACCCCAACUAAAAUUUCUAAUACCUUUUCCAGGGUAAUGAGGCCAUUGCUUUGUAAACUGCAGAAUGUGAUUGAUACGUGAACUAUUAUUAUUGUAGUAAGACACAAUUUUAGGGUAGACAUAAUUAUAAGAGGAACCCAGUUCUAGAGGAAAAGUGAUAUAGACAUGCUUCAUGACUUUAUGGCAGACUUUGAAAUUCAAAAUUGAUCUAUAUUGAGGUGGGUUUCCAUACCCUGCCUCUUUAGUAAGUGCUAGUAAUUCCUACUAGUGACACCCAGCAGAUGUCUGGCUAAAGACUAUUUCUCCCCUACUCUCACUUCUGGGGAAUGGGUAGAACCUAUAACUAUAUAAAUACAACUGGCUAGAACACCAUAUUUCCAGCUUGGUAAUCAAAGGAUUGCCUAGUGGCCCAGAGAUUUAUUACUUUUGCUAAUAAUAUGUAUUUUAAGACUUCUAUCAUUGCAGAGAAAAAGAAGCCCGUAUGGAAUUGGGACCCAUACCCUAAACCAGAGGUUCCUAAACUUUUUGUGUCAUCAACCCCUUCGGUCGUAGGUAAGGUCCUAUUGACCCUUACUCAAAAUAAUGUUUUUAAAUGUAUAAAAUAAAAUAUCUAGGACUACAAAGGAAAUACAUUGAAAUCAUUGUCAAACUAUUAAAAAAAUAAAAACCAUGUUCAUAGACCCAUAGAACCUCUGCCCUAGACUAAAACCCUGAUGAGCUAAUUUCAUUAUUUCUCAGCUGACAAGUCAUUUUGAAUGAGGGGUCUUUGGGAAGAAGAGAGGACAUCAAAUCCUCACAAUAGCUGAACAUUAAGUGAAGGUCAUCUGGAAAGUAAGCCAGGGAAAUGAAAAGGCUCCAGCUACUGUAAGUCUUAGAGUCAGUCUCCUGGAAAGCAUCCUCCUUCUGCUAUUGCUGCUGCAUUCUCCACCAUUCUUGUCUCUUUAUCUCCCCUAUUCAUUCUCUUUGACUCUCUGGAUCUCUCUUCAGAGAGAUUUUUAAAUUUCCACUGCAGUAGAAAAACUCAGACUUCCACUUCUGAUCUCAUAGUAGCUUUGUCUUUUCCUGAGCUGGGGAAAACUACAGUUCCCAGCAUAUUUAGCAACUUAACCCCUAUGCCAGCACAGCCAGUUCAGACCUUGUCUGAAUGAUUCAGGCUAACCAACUCAAGCCCAGCAUUUGGACUUUAUCCCAAUUCUAACUUGUAGACAAUUAGACAGUGCUUCUUUAUUUUCUUUAGCAGGUAAAUAAUGAUGUAUAUUUCUAGAAAAAUGGUCUUUGUCUUUAAUAAAAUAAAAGAAUAAUUUGUUCAAAUGAUGUUACAAAGUGUAGAUUUACUCAUAAACAAGGAUGGAAGCUGAGAAAGGAGAGUAUGCUACAAUAAAUGGGAAGCUGCCAGCAGCUGUUUGAAUUUCCUAUUCUACUUAGGUGUAAAAGGCAGUGCCCUCAUACUUGGCCAGAGCAUGAGAGCUAAGGGGCUCUUUCAGCCUGGGGACGGUAAUCAUCAUUUUCAUCAACCAACAUUUAUCGAAUACCUUCUCUGUGUAGGGUGCUAGACUAGGGGCUGGAGAGUGACUGAGCCCUUCUAGAUGAGAAGCUCCCUUUCUUAGACCAUCUGCCUCUGAAGAACAGAGGGCUACAACAUGAGGUAGUAGAAUGACAGCUGUACUUGGAGCCAGGAGAUCUGGGGUCAUGUCCUAGUUCCAGCAGUCACUAACAGCGUGACCAUGGGCAAAUCCCUCAACUUCCUUGGGCUUCAAUCCCCUCAUCUGCAAAAUGGGGAUAUAACAUUUCUGCUGUUGGCUGUUGUGGGGGAAGUGCUUUGGAAAUGUUUAAAGCUCUUCUAGAAAUGUGAGCUAUUAGUAUUAAGAGGCAGCAUAGUGCAAUGGAAGGAGCACUGGAGAGUUCUGCUCUGCUGUCCUUCCUCUGCCAUUGAAGACCUGGCUGACCUAGGACCAGAAGCUCAGCCUCCCUAGACCUCAGCUCCCUCAUCUGUAAAAUGGAGGGGUGGGCUAGAGAUGAUCCCUAAGGACCCUCCCAGCUGCAGAUCUAGGAACGUAUCACCAACUUCUUGGGGAAGGCUAUUCACAUUCAUAGACCCCACCCCAUUGUCCUGGCUCCACAUGGAAAGAAGCAGUGUAAAAUCUUGGAAAGAGAUCCAGACUUUGAUUACAACUCUCCCUCUACUCCUUACUGUGUGAUGCUCAGCAGGUCAUUUAACCUCUCUGAGCCUCAGUUUCCGCAUCUGUCAGUUGGGAAUAAAAAUACUUUGCCUACCUCACAGGGUUGUUGUGAGGGAAUCGCUUUGUAAACUGUGAAGCUGUAGAAACCUAAGCCAUUGGUAUUAUGAACUAGUUCUAUUAUUUUAUCACCUACAGUAUUGUAAGAACUUUACUGUUUUAUCUUUAUCCUUUUUAUUAUGCUUUUAGUAAAUCUAGAUUACCUUCAGGAUUCUUUUUAUUAUGCCAGACUGGUUUUAGUAUUUUAAGACUGCUUUUUAGUGUUUUAAAUCUUGCCAUUUUGCUCUUAACACUUUAAGAUGGCCUUCUUAUGUCUUACUUUUACUGUCCUGAAGACUUAUGGUCUUGGUUUUACUGUCCUAAAAUGACUAUUCAUAUCUUAAAGAUUUCCUACAGCGAGUGACUUUGGGUUGUUUCAGGCUGUUGUUUUCAUUAUUAGAUUGCUUUUGCUUUUAGUCUAGACUUUAAUCUGUGACUUAGACCUUGAAGUUCCUGUGUUGUUUUCCCUAUCAGGCUGUUUUGAGUGAUCUGCUAAGAUGUGAUCCUCUCAUUCCAUCUUAUUGCCUUCAGUGUUUUCAAAUAAAGAAUCAUUUCUCAAAACUUA